UUCAGUUGCCGGAACUUUGAAAUCAAUUCAAUCUAAUCUCUGUUUUAAUGAAUCAAAGAAUGCAAAACCAAGACUUUAUACAAUACAAAAAUGUUACAAUGAAGUAUUUGGAAUACAUACAUGCAUUAAUAUUGACCACUCACAGCGUGCUUUGAAUAAGUGCUUUAUUAUAAAAUUCUUUAUACUUUCGAAGAUAUUGGCAAUUUACUUGCACAUAUUUUUAAUUUGAUUAUUACAUCUUCGCGAUAUUGCGGGUGAGGUGCUACAGCGUUUACAAGGAAUAGAAAGACAUUAGCUAUCGCAAGUUUUUAUAGCUAAUACAUAGUAAGAGUCCCGUAGAAAAAAACUGAAAUUAAUACAAUUCUUGCCAAAGAAAAGAUGGCAGAAAGUGAAAUUACACAAAAAGCGUCGUCAACGUCACAUGAUGAAAACAAUCAUGAUGUUGUAAUCGUAAAUGAAGCAAAUUCGGAUCAAUUUGGCAAUGCCAUCGAACAGUCUAAAGAAGGUAAAAUCAGCAGGAUUAGAGGCAAAGGAGUAAAUUUGUCUUGGGAAGACAUAAAUGUGUUUGUUACAAGAAGCAACAAAAAAUGCUUUGGUUUUCUUGGUGGUAAUGAAGAUAAAGAAGAUGUGUUACAGAUUCUUAAAAAUAUAUCAGGAGAGAUUAAAGCUGGAUCUCUUGUUGCUCUGAUGGGUUCAAGUGGUGCAGGAAAGUCAACCUUAUUAAAUGUUCUGUCGCAUCGCAACAUAUCUGCUGUCAAUGUGACAGGAACAGUAUUUCUCAAUGGAUCUCCUGUGCGUCAAGAAAUCAACACCAUGUCUGCAUAUGUUCAGCAAGAAGACCUGUUUAUUGGAACAUUGACUGUUCGUGAACAUCUUAUGUUUCAAGCUUUGUUGCGCAUGGAUAAAAACAUUCCACAAUCCGAGAGAGUGAGAAGAGUUGAAAAAGCAAUAACGGAGUUGGGAUUAGCGAAAUGCUCUGAGACUCUAAUAGGAAUUCCCGGAAGACUUCGUGGAAUUUCUGGCGGAGAGAAAAAGCGUCUUUCAUUUGCAUCAGAGAUUUUAACAGAUCCUCCAUUGUUGUUUGUUGACGAACCAACUUCAGGUCUGGACUCUUUCAUGGCGCAAACAGUUGUUGCAACCCUGCAGAAUCUUGCUCAUCAUGGUAUGACUAUUUUGUCAACCAUACAUCAACCAUCGUCAGAAGUGUAUCAAAUGUUCGAUAACUUAAUAUUGUUAGCGAAUGGUCGGUUAGCGUAUGUUGGUCCUCGAGAGGAAGCAAUUCCCUACUUUGAAAGGAUCAAUUAUCCGUGUCCCGUGAACUACAAUCCUGCCGAUUAUUUUGUUUACAUCCUCGCAUUUAUUCCGGAAAAGGAGGAAGAGUCAAAAGAAAGGAUUAAGUUCAUCUGUGACAAGCAUGACGAGUGGGAAGGCAGUAACAUAAAAAAGAAACCACUGAACGAAAGAGUGAAUUCUUUUGAAACAACUGUUGUAUCCGGAUCCAGGUAUCAAGCAAGCUGGCUGAAACAGUUUUUUGUCUUAUUUCAUCGUGCUAUGUUGAGUGCAAAACGGGACAAAAUGGUUUCAGUUAUAAGAAUCAUGCAAUCUCUUAUACUCGGCAUUGUUGUGGGUCUUAUAUACUUACGUCUUUCGUACAAUCAAGAAAACAUUCAGAAUUUUGCUGGUCUUUUGUUCUUUAUCGUAACAAAUCUGUCGUUCGCAAGCUUGCAGGGUGUUAUAUUUGUGUUUCCAGUUGAGGUUCCUGUUUUCCUUAGAGAACAUAAAAGUGGCAUGUAUCGAACUGACACGUAUUAUUUGGCAAAGACAAUGGCAGAGGUUCCAAUAUUUUCCAUUGCUGCUGUUAUUUUGAUUACUAUUUCCUACUGGAUGGCUAAUCUUCGUGAGGACGCUGGCGCUUUCUUUAUUUGCGUUGCAAUUGGCGUUUUGAUAGUCAACACAGCAGCUUCAUACGGCUAUGCUAUUUCAACAAUGACGUCUUCAGUUGAAACUGCUACCGCCCUGGGACCUGUUUGUAUGUUGCCUUUACUUCUCUUUGGUGGUUUCUUCGUGAACAACGAUACGGUUCCAGAUUAUUUUAUUUGGCUAAGGUAUCUCUCAUGGUUCAAUUAUGGCUUUGAAAACUUGAUGAUUAAUCAAUGGGAGGACUAUCCUGGCAUGAUAGCUUGUGAGCGUAAUAAUACUGCUUCAUGUGAUACCACGGGUGAGAUGGUUCUUAAGCGUUUUCAAUUGCACGAGGAAAACUUCUAUCCAAAUCUUUAUUACAUCAUCGCUUUGAUGAUUUCGUUCAGGAUUAUUUCAUUUGUUAUGCUCUACGUGAGAGCGAGAAGACUAACUUAAUUUUGUAAUUAUAGAAGUUAAAAUCUGUUGAGUUUAUGGUAAAUACAAUCUACGAACUGUUUAAAAUGCACGCGAAAUUUCGUUACACUUCAUCAUAUAUAACUACAAUAAAUCUACCUCACAGCACGAGUUGAAACCUAUAUUGUUAAAAAUUUAUAACGUUGUUCAUAGUUCAAGGCUUUUUUUAAGUUUACAUAAGUAUAUGUAAUAUGUUGUGUUAGAUGGUGUAUUCAUCCAUUAUACAAAUAAAAAUUAAAUGCGAUGUUGUAUGCA